CCUUUAACUACUUUAUGGCAUGAUUACUUUAUUACUUUAAACUUUAUUUAGAGGCAUCACUAUGCGUCCUCUGUGGUAAAUAAUUUUAAAAUGCUCUGUAGAAACGCGCUCAGGACUGCUGGCAGUUUCUUGCCUCCUUGUGCUGAAGUCACUUUAAAUCCAUCACCCCAGCCUGUGGAGUCGUCAGGCAGAAAUCUUCCUGUGAAGGUGGAUGAGUUGUUCCUGCAUCAGUUUUGCUUGAGCGUUCUGAGGACAGCCAUGUAAUCAGGUGCAGGAAUGAAACCUGUUGGAAUUCUCGAGGAGCACCCAGUCCCUUUGAUCUUGCUGACGAGCAAUGAUUCAGGUGCUACAGAUUGUAAAGGAUCUGGUGUCGCCAGCAAGACGGAGAGCAGAUGCUGCUAAGAAAGGUGCAGAUGCUGAGCAGGAUGCUGCUGUCAAACUUGCCCAAGAACGAGCAGAGAUAGUUGCCAAGUAUGACAGAGGCCGUGAAGGUGCACAGAUUGAGCCUUGGGAAGAUGCCGACUACCGUCUGUACAAAGUCACAGACAGAUUUGGGUUUCUGCAUCCAGAGGAGCUUCCUGUCCACGAUGCAGUGACAGAAAAGCAAAAGCACCUUGAGAUUGAAAGAACAACAAAAUGGCUGAAGAUGCUGAAAAGCUGGGAAAAAUACAAGAAUAGUGAAAAGUUUCAUAGGAGGAUUUAUAAAGGGAUCCCACUGCAGUUCAGAGGACAAGUCUGGUCUUUACUACUCGAUGUCCCUAAAAUGAAAGAAGAAAUGAAAGACUUGUACAACAAAUUGAGGUGGCAAGCACGGGGGUCUUCGUCCUUUAUCCGACAGAUUGACCUGGAUGUGAAUCGGACGUACAGGGAUCACAUCAUGUUCCGGGACAGAUACGGUGUGAAGCAACAAUCUUUGUUCCAUGUUUUAGCUGCGUAUUCCAUAUAUAACACGGAAGUUGGAUACUGUCAGGGGAUGAGCCAGAUCACAGCGUUACUCCUCAUGUACAUGAAUGAAGAAGAUGCCUUUUGGGCCUUGGUGAAGCUCCUCUCUGGCCCAAAGCACGCUAUGCACGGUUUUUUUAUUGAAGGUUUUCCAAAACUGUUGAGGUUUCAAGAGCAUCAUGACAAAAUACUGAAGAAAUUUUUGUCCAAGCUGAAGCAGCACUUGGACUCCCAGGAUAUGCCCACCAGCCUUUACACAACCAAGUGGUUUUUCCAGUGUUUUCUUGAUCGUACUCCCUUCACGUUGAGCCUCAGGAUAUGGGAUAUCUACAUACUUGAAGGAGAGCGGAUUCUCACUGCGAUGUCUUACACAAUUCUGAAGCUACACAGAAAGCAUCUGAUGAAAUUACAGAUGGAAGAGCUUGUAAAAUUUCUGCAGGAGACUUUAGCCAAGGAUUUCUUCUAUGAAGGUGACUUUGUAAUAGAGCAGCUCCAAAAUUCUAUAGCAGAAUUGAAACGAGCCAAGCUGGAUUUACCAGCAGCAGGUAAAGAAGAUGAACUUCCAAAGAAGCCAUUGGGGCAGAUUCCAUCAGAACCUCAGCCUUCCGUGCUUAACUCCAUUCCAAUGCUAAAUGGACAGAACAGCACUGGGACACAAGCAGCCACAAGGACAGAGAGGAGACCAUCCACAGAAGAAGAACUAGAAGGUUCAUCAAAUGACCGAAAAAGAAUUAAUUCAGUGGAAAAGAAACCUUCCUUAAAACAGCAGAAGGUUCGACCAAUAGAGACACAAAACAGUUUGCCCAAGAACGAGGUGGAUACCAGAAAAAAGCCUGAGCCAGCAGACACCUCAAGCCUGUACAAUAAUGCAGCUGCUAAUCAGAAUUCUAAUGCUACUUCAAAUACAAGAAGGGAAUUUGUACCUAAGUGGAAUAAACCGUCUGAUAUCAAAAUAAUUGAAAAGACAAUGCAGCUUACUGCAGAUGUGAAAGGGAGGCCAGUAAACCAUUUGGUUUCGGGCCCGCCACCAAGUCCUGGAGAAAUGCAGUCUUUGAAUGUAAAGCAAAAGAUGAGGGUUUUGGAUGCUGAUGAAGGUAAGCGAGGGUCCAAUGCAUCUCAGUAUGACAAUGUUUCAGAGGAUGAAACUGAGAAUGAGAAUGCUGUUGAAGAGAUGCUUGAGAGAGCUCUUCCCCAGAGCCCUCGGCAUGUAGCGUAUUCCAAUAGUCCAAGAAGGCAAAUGGAAAAAGUACCAGCUCCGUUAAAAAUACCCAAUAAUUACACCUUCGCUUCACAACCCAGGUCUCCAAAAUACGCGUCUCAGUCUGAUGGCCCAGCUCACGGACUGAAUGCAAAACAGCCACUGCCAUGUUACAGUAAUCCACCUACUUACCAUGGGAAUUCUCCAAAGCACGUUCCCAGUAUAGGCAACGCAGGUUCUGUCCCUCUGCACUACCACGGGAGCCGAACCAGCCCCUCUGGGAGGCCGUACGGGCCCUUUAUGUCGGUAGAUUAUUCCCCCAAUAAACUACCAGUGAAUUCCUAUCCUGCCAGUCGACAAAACCCUCUGCCACCAGCCCCUGGUCACAUAGAAGUAGCCCCUGUCGAUGCUUAUACCGGCAACUCAAGGUCCUCCCCGGGUGUCAAAUUCAUAAUCCCUCCGGCGGAUUACGUGCCGGAGGAUAGGAAGUGGCCGGACGCUGCCUAUACCUACAGACACGAGCCCUACAGGCAGCCCUGGAGCCAAGACCUUAACAAAGGCCACCUGGACAAUUUCCAGAAAUACCAGCAUUUUCAGCCAACACCUUUUCCAGACCACAGUCUUCCUACUGUUUCCGUGGAUAGCCCGGUGAGAUACAGGACUUCACCAGCCCUUGAGGAGAACGGCUCAGCUCCGUACCAAUAUUCCAGCCCGCCGGCUCAAGGCCAGCACUGUCGGAGCAGAACCGAUGGAUUGUCCGUGCACAAAUCUGUGCUGCUCUGAGGAGCUGGCUGUGCUCAGUAAAGUGGCAAGAACCAAACCCAGUCGAAUGUCGCUGUGUCAGUGGUGAUCCUCCUCAGUUCUUCUCUGAAAUGUGGACGGUUCACGCGAGUUUAAAAAUGACCGCACGAUUUCAGAGAUGUUUCAGACUUUGGUUGAAGGCUGGUGGAGAGUUCUUGGGCUUGGAUGGGAGCUGUUGGAAGUGAUCUGAUGCACGCAGGCAUAGCAAUAAGCUCGUGCACACCAUGUGGUUCAUGCUGUCAUCGCUCCUUACUUUUAAAUAACUUGUGUUACAAUCCUUCUGCCUAAAACCAGUAACACACUUACAAGUUUAAUUUUGACUGACAUUGUUAAUGCACUGUACAGAUGUGUGUGUGCGCGUGAGGGUGUGCACUUACAAUACACAAACUCAUAUGGAAAAGAGCUAAAAGAGUUUAAAUGCAUUUAACUUUGGGCAAAGCUUGUGAAGUACUUUUAUUUCAUAUUAAUUUUUCUUUGUAAUUUAUUUGAGAAGCCAUUCGUUUUGAAUGGGAAUUUCUGUCAUUUUUAUACAGCUGCCUCAGCAUCCCAGUAUCUGUUCUGGGCAGGAGAGAUGCUUUGGGAUUAUUAAUUUAAUCUUAUAUGAGAGUUAAUUUCCUCUCCUUUGACUACUGUUUGUUAUUUUCCUCAGCAGGAAGGAGCAGGCAGGCAAAAGCAGAAAGCCAAAAAUGUGUCUCUAAUCUGGCUAAGUAACGGUGCUUAAAAUUCAGGGCAGUGUUUAGAGGGUUUUGGUUUUUUUUUAAGGCAUUGAAAGUGGAGAAUUUUUACCUUCUCACCCAAGUCUACCUUCAGAAUGUCGUCCUAUAUGCAAAAUACCAGAGCAGAGUGAGAGUAAUGCCUGAUACAGAAAUGGUGCUGCACCCUCCCCUUUCUGCCAUGCUGUGCUGUCAGACUAAAACUGGUUGCAGGGCCAAAUCUCACAAGUGUCGGAGAACAAGCAGCUCCCUGACGCUCCUGUGCAGC